AUGGCUGCUUCCAUUAGUGAUUCUCGACAAGAGACAACAAUUACAGAGAUUAUCAAGACAAAUGCGAACAGUGACUUCUACUUGACUUAUAAAUCAGCCGAGACUUGGCCAAAUAAAAGAGACAGCUGUUGUCGCAUGUUGAUUCUCGAUUCCUCAUUCAACCCACCCACUCGAGCUCAUGCCAACCUUUUACACAAGUCCAUUCAAACCUAUCCUCCUGAUCACUUUGACGCUCUCUUACUUUUACUAUCUACCAAGAAUGCAGAUAAACAGCUGACAGGCGCGACUGUCGUCCAAAGAGUGCAGAUGAUGGAACUGAUGGCUGCCCGCUACCCUAACAGUGCAGUCGGCCUCACACCACACGCCAAGUUUGUUGACAAGGCAGCUCAUAUCCAGGCGUGGUUACCAGACGUCCGACUAGAACUUUAUUUUAUUAUGGGGUACGACACGAUCGUCCGACUGCUUGAUCCCAAGUAUUACAUGCCGAGGCCCGUGAUGGAGGCACUUGGUCCGUUCUUGAACACAUGUCAUAUUAUCUGUGCGGAUCGAGGAGAAGGUGAAGAGCAGAGAGCGUUCUGGGACAAGCUAGAGCUCGGUACAUGUUCGAUUCGACGUAUACAGCUUGACCCUGUUUUUGCAGCUCUGUCAAGUACGAUGGCUAGAACAAGGAUCAUACAAGGCCAGUCUGUAUUGAGUGUAUUGGACCCUGAUAUCGCACGAUUUGUGCAAGAUCAUCAUAUUUAUUCUCAAUAA